AUGACAGUCACGGUUCCCCAGAAGUUUGAGAACGUGACAAAGGGUGAAAGUGCUCUUCUCCAGUGCAACUUUGUUACCACUGAGCAGAAAACCAGUGACCUCAUCAUCCAGUGGAAUUUUGUUUCCAAAACCUCCAUGGUGCCACAGCAGGUGUAUUACUCUCAGUCAGGAGAGGGUGUGAUUUCCAAACCAUAUGAAGGCAGGUUGAAGCCAUCCAGCUCUCCAGCUUCUACCAACAAUGCCUCAAUAACAAUAAGCAACAUGAAAGUGUCCGAUGCAGGGGUCUACACCUGCGAAGUCCACAACUUCCCUGAUGUCAGUGGGAAGACUGAGGCAACUAUCACUGUCAGCAUUCUUGAGAUGCCCUCUGUGCCGUUCUGUGCUGUCCAUGGUGAUGUGGAGUCUGGUCACCUGGUUACCCUCACCUGCCACAGUGAGCAGGGAAGCCCCACCCCCUCCUAUACCUGGACAAGACUGGACCAGAACAAGACCAAUAAACCUGUGCUGGGGUACACCGAUCCGAAAUUAGGAUCCUUGUAUAUUAGAAACAUAUCCCAGUUUGAGUUUGGAGAGUACCAGUGCAGUGCCUCUAAUGAUGUGGGAUCUGCCACUUGCACUGUGGAGCUCAAUCAUGAGCUAGGUGAUGGGGCCAUUGCUGGUGCAGUCAUUGGAGCACUUCUUGGAGCUCUCCUAAUCAUCCUUAUUGUCUUGUACAUGACCCACUCCAUGAAGAAGCAGAAAUACAAGGAUAUCAAGGAAACAGAGAUGCAGGCCAAACCUAAGAGUUCGACCACGGUGGCGUAUGAAGGCGUCCCUACCAUGGGGAGUAGCCACCAGGCCUUUGUAACCUCCGAGGGGGUUCCCAUGGCAACACAUAGCCAUGCCCAUGCUGACGCUGAUGGAGAAGAGGCCGAGGCUUAGGAGAAGCCUGACACACACGUCUGGGGUGACAUCACUGUCUGGGGUGACAUCACUGAUCUGAAAAACACUGCUGCACUGAAGGUUACCAAUGCCUGUGUGUUUGGAGAGUGAUUCCAUAGCAUUUUUUAGUUUGUUUCUGAGUUUGUGUUUUUGUAUAAUGUGUGUUUUAUUGACACAUUUAAAUAAUGCUUUGUAUUUGUUUUGUCAUUUUAAGAAAGUUAAAGUUAUUGUAUUCCGAAUAUCUUUCUUUCACACGCAAAAAAUACUAAUCACUCUACAGCCUGAUUAAUUCUAAUAUGUGGUAAUCCAUCCAU